AUGUUCAUCAACAGCGUCACGGACGCCUCCUCCGCCCCCAGCGUGUCCCCCGGCUCCGUCCUGCCCGGUGGCCCUCGCCCCCACGCGCGCUCCGCGGCCCCAACCGAGUGUCCGACCGAUGGGCUCACGCCUGUCGCUUCAGAAGCUGUCAACUCGGACAGUUUCCAGGCCGCGGGGUCUUCAGUGUCCGGUCAGCUAUCGGGACAGGAGACCUGCGUCAUCAAAACGGUACUGAUCUAUAAGCCCCACGGCACCUACGCCGGGGUGUACACCAGGAAGUCAGACAUCGCCUUCGGGGCCCUGUUCCACUCUGACUGCGCCUCGGCUGUGAGCACGCAGAUGCACUGGAGCGUCUAUUCCGUGCCCGCCCUAUUUGACAACCCCGACUGGACUAAACCUUUGGCGGUGCCCCAACUCCAGGUAGGGCAGGAUUCAAUGUCUAUUUUCAUCCCCAAGGAUACUUUCUCUCCGGGGGUGUAUGUGUUCAGAUUCUCAGUGAGCCUGGUCACACCUAAGACUGUGGUAGACAACUCGACUUAUAUCUACAUCGAAAUUGUGAGCGAUUCCCUGAAAGCGGUUAUUCUUGGCAACGCCAACACGACAGUGAAUUUCACGGAGUGGCUGGUUCUGAACGGAUCGAUGUCCUCCGACCCAGACGUGGAAGACCCUUUAGAGGGACUCCAGUUUUCUUGGUACUGUACCACAAAUCCAAGCAACUACGUCAGAGAUAAAAUACAAGUGAUAAGCAAGGAUGUCUGUCACCGGGACCAGACGGACCUCAAGUGGCCGUUGGCCUCUGACCCUGUACUGACGCUUCUGCCCAGAACGCUUAAAGGCGGCCAAGUGUAUUUUUUCAGAAUGGUGAUAAAGAAACACCCCAGGACAGCAUUUGCUGAUAGAAUGGUCAAGGUGCUGCAGGGACCCACGCCCACGGCAUAUAUCUCGUGUAUUGAAAACUGCAAUAAGGUUCUCAUAGUAUCAGACAGAUUCUCUUUGUUUCUAAAUUGCACAGACUGUGCCAUCAGCCACGACAUCUACAAGUGGUCAAUCCUGUCAUCUUCAGGGGUCGAGAUUGCGUUUGACUGGACAGGGCAAACUUCGACGGGGAGGGACAGCGAUUAUCUGACUAUAAAAGCUUUUGCUUUUGGAUCCUUUCUUGAAAGCCGGUAUUGGAUUUCUUUAGAUCUAGCAGCUUGGAGUGGCGUGGUCUUGGCCCUCAAGUAUCCCUUCACUGUUAACUAUGUCCCUGACAUCGGAGAAUGCAAAAUUAAUCCAACAGAUGGAAUUGCAUUUUUGACUAAGUUUGUUGUCCAGUGUAGGGAUUUUAAGGAUCAGAACGUCCCUCUGAUGUAUAAAAUGAUAGUGUCUGACUUGCACGGUUUUGGCGAAAUCAAUUCUUUAAAAGAGAACACCUUGGGAGCCAUCCUGUACAUGGGCAACGACCCCACAUCGCCCCCUUCCUUCCUCCCCGUCGGUGUGCCGGACACUCACUAUGCCAUGAAGAUCUUUGUCCAGGUGCACGACUCCCUGGGCGCUUUUUCUCAGGUGACCGUGCACGCCACAGUACAAGCUCCUACUGAAAAAAACUCUCCCGAGACGGUGCUGCACCAGUUACUCAAUUACACCAUCGGACAAAAUUCCCAGAUCUCCACUCUGCUUCAAAAGCAGGAAUUUCUGUCCGCAGGUUACUCGAUGUACAUAGUAGCCUCCGUUCUAAAUAGCCUGCACCCCGAAGCAGCGCUGCAGGCGGACAAGGCCAGGCUCUUCGAGCACCUCAUCAACCAGUCUUCCCUCCUCCCUGUGAACACUCUGGAGGAAAUCAGCCAGGUAGUCAUGGUUAUUGCUAAAUCGACCCAGGACACGUCGGGGUUCCCCCGGGUCGCUAGGGAACUUGCCACGAAGCAGAUCUGGCAAGCUAAUCAGGCCCUGCAACAGCUGCAACAGAAAGACACAGACUUUCCCUCCGAACAGAUAGAAAUGGUGAGCACUGGAAUAUUGACAGGCGUGGCCAACAUCCUCAAGAUGACCGCGCACCACGAGAUUGUCGUCCACCCUUUCUACAUCAUACAGUCUCUGACGGACACGGUACUGGCCGGUAAAGUGCCGGCAGACGAGACCACGGUCAUGAGGACCUCAGGCUUUACCCUGUACCUCAGGAAAAUGGAGAAGUGGACUGUUACCAACGUCCUAGGCAACGAGAAACAAUGUCGUAACUGUUUCCAGCCGACGCUGAAUGUGAACAGCGUCCCCAGUUUGUCCGCAAAGGCUCCGAUUUCCGUGGUGUUCUACGAGUUCGCAGACGACCCCUUCCCUUGGUUAAACUACCGGGGGGGCCUUUCGGCAGAUGUGGUCGGGUUCAGGAUGACAGGCGCCACAGCUGCCGGGGACGUGGUGGAGAUCACCCCCGACGUGGCGGAAGUCUACAUAGGCAGGAAGAACUUGAGCGCCGCGGCUUUUUACCUCACGGUGGGCCCAGAGGACGAGCCCGGCCAGGUGGACCAGUCCUCGAGGAAGACGUCGGGGGCAUUCCGCUUCGAAGUGGACAGCACGGAGGUGAGGGAGCUGCUGGUCCACAUCGUGACGGAGGUGACCGUGCUGUUCACCGUGUCGGUGUACGCCGGCGGGGACAUCGCCCCCGCUGCUUUGGUCGCCAGCUUCCUCGUGCCCCACGGCAUCCCCCCGGUGGCCAACCAGAGCGGCCUGUUCGACCCCGCCUGCGCGGUGAGGGCGGCCGGCGUGGUCUGCCUCCCGCCGUCCCUGCUGCAGGUCAUCGCUCAGCGCGGCAGCUCCUCCAAGUGCACCAUGGUCGUGGUCCUGCAGGCGCCUCAUUUUGUCCUGAAGCCGAACGACAGGCUCGUGAGGAUCGCUCUUUUCGGGGCUCACUGCCCGGACAUGCAUGGGAUCCAGAGAGAGUGGCGGGAGGACAUCUGCGUCCUGGGAGAGAAGACCACCUGGGACAGGGUGCACUGCGUCUGCGCAGGCGCGAGGAGGGCCAGGCGGCAGCUGGGCCAGGUCAGGCUGGGCAACGUCCACCUGCACAUCCGCUACCUGACCGCCAGGGUGAUUGUGCCCCCAAACCCCAUCGACCUGCGGUUGGAGGUCAUCCGGAACCUCGCCCACAACCCGGUGACAGCCUUCACUGUCCUGUUCAUCAUCCUUGCUUACAUUGUCCUGGCUUUCUGGGCCUUGCACAGGGAUGAGACCGACCAGUUCCUUCAGGACGCGGUGAUCGUGCUCCCCGACAACGACCCUUACGACAACGUGUGCUACCUGGUCACCGUUUUCACGGGAAGCCGCUGUGGGUCUGGGACCAGGGCCAAUGUCUUUGCCCAGCUCAGGGGGACAGAAGGCACCAGCGACAUGCACUGCCUCAGCCACCCUCAUUUUAAAACUUUCUACCGAGGGAGCGUCAACACGUUCCUCCUGACGGCCAGGAGCGACCUGGGGGACAUUCAGUCCGUCCGCGUGUGGCACAACAACCAGGGCAGAGCGCCCAGCUGGUACCUGAGUCGGAUCAAGGUGGAGAACCUGUUCAGCAGGCACAUCUGGCUGUUCAUGUGCCGCGCGUGGCUGUCCGUGGACUCCUCCCUGGACAGGACGUUCCCAGUCACCGACCCCGACGAGCCCCUGAGGCGGGAGGACUUCUUCCUCAUCAACGCGGCGGACAGGCUGGGGAAGGGCCACAUGUGGUUCUCCGUGUUCGCCGGGGUCAUUGCCCAAGGCUUCACCCGGCUGCAGCGGCUGUCCUGCUGCCUGGCCAUGCUGCUGUCGUCCCUGCUGUGCAACAUCAUGUUCUUCAAUCUGGACACAGACAAGGACAGCAAGCCCCGGGCCAGCCGCUACAUCCGCUCGAUGGCCAUCGGGCUGGAGAGCGUGCUCAUCACCCUCCCGGUGCAGGUCACCAUCACCCUGCUGUUCACCUACUCCCAGAGGAGCCCGCAGGCGACCUUAGAGGAGGUGUCCCCCCAGGAACGCCCCGUGGCCGUGGCGGAGGGCGGUGGGCACUGGGAGGAGCGCCUGGAGAAGUGGCACGCCCAGGAAACGGCCGCGGCGCUCUCCCGGGAGGCCGAGGUGCCCCGCGCGGGGCGGUACGGCGGACCCCGGAGGUCCGCCAGGGAGACCCCCGGGGCAGAGCGACCACGGGGCAAGGCCAGGAGCAAGGCCCCGCGGAGCCUCCGGGCGAACGCCAGAGCCCACAACGCGAACGUGAGCGACGGCCUGGGGGUCUCCCCCGGGGAGCCGCCUCCCGCCGGGGGGCCCCCGCCCUUCCAGGAGAAGCGCAGGAUCACCCUGCCCCGGUGCUGCGUGUGGGUGGCCUGGUGCUUGGUGUUCGCCACCGCGGGCGUGUCUUCAUUCUUCAUUGUGUUUUACGGGCUGACCUAUGGCUACGAGAGGUCCAUCGAGUGGCUCUUCGCUUCCUUCUGCUCCUUCUGCCAGUCCGUCUUCCUGGUGCAGCCGAUGAAAAUCAUACUCCUGUCAACCAUCCGCUCGAACAGGCACAAGUACUGUAAAAACCUGCCGUGGGUCAGCAACUACCGCUACACGCAGAUCCAGCUGCAGGAGCGCAGGCUGCGCCCCGAGGAAAUGCGCGAGCGGCACCGGCGCCUGGCCCGCCUCCGAGGCACCCGCAUGUACCAGGCCCUCGCCGAAGACGAAAUCCAGAUCUUCAAGAGGAAGAAGAGCGUCAAGAGGGGCGCCGCGCUGUUCCUGAGCUACGUCCUGGCUCACUUUCUCCUCCUGGCCCUUCUGCUGGGCCUGGCCGCCCUCCUCCGCCGCCCCGACACCUUCCGCUACAACCAGUUCAUCCGCGGUCGCUUCUCCGUGGACCUGGCCGCGGUGACCAAGCUGGACGACAUCUAUCCGUGGCUCGACGGCGUGCUGCUGCCCUUGUUCCACAACCACCUGCGUCCGACGUUCCUCCCCGACAGCUCCUCUAAAAUCCUCGGCCUUCCCCUGAUGAGGCAGGUGAGGGCCAAGCCGGGGGGACCGGCCUGUCCACCCACCAAACACUUCGGGCCAAACGGCAUCAAAGGAGAGAUUCACUGUCACCCCCAAUACGGUGUUGACCCCGAGGACACGGAAAACCACAACGGCUUGUGGAAGAAAGUCAACAAGCAGACGGCAGAGAAGAACACCAAGGGGUUCACCUACAGGCCUCCCGAGAAGCAGUGGGCGUAUUACUCCCACGGGUGCCUGCACGCCUAUGGGUCGGGGGGGUAUGUUUUCUAUUUUUUUCCGGACCAGCAGCGGUUUGAUUCCGCGCUGAGGCUCAGGGACCUGCAGAGCGGCGGCUGGCUGGACGAGAAGACAUGGGCCGUGAUCCUGGACCUGACCACCUACAGCCCGGAUGCCGGCCUGUUCUGCACCAUUUCCAUCGUGUUCGAGGCCUCCCAGCUGGGGGUCGUGAACGCGAGCGUAUCCGCGCACUCCUUUGCGCUGGCCGAUCUGAACAGGAACACGUCGGCGGAGAUCUACCUGUACCUGGCGAUCCUGCUGUUCUUCUUGGCCGGCGCCGGGCACGAGGUCUACACCGUCACGCAGGAGGGGGCCUCCUACCCGACAAGGGUGUGCAACCUGCUCAACUUGGCUCUGAAGUGCACCUUCGGGGUGCUGAUCGCGCUGUUUCUCAGGAAGCACUUCCUGGCCACCGACAUCCUUCUGUUCUACUCAGCGAACUCCACGGAUUUCGUUCCCUUUCACGCGGUUUCACGGGUGGACCAUGCCAUGGGGAUCAUUCUGGGCUUCCUGCUGUUUCUGACCAUUCUGAAGACCCUCAGGUAUUCCAGAUUCUUCUACGAUGUGCGCCUGGCUCAGAGGGUCAUCCAGACCGCCCUGCCCGGCAUCUGCCACACGGCGCUCCUGGUGGCCACGUGUUUCUUCGUGUACGUGGCUUUUGGCUGUGUGGUGUUCGGUCAGCACGAGUGGAACUACAGCAGCCUGGUCCGCGCCACUCAGACCGUCUUCUCCUACUGCGUCUCAGCCUUUCGGAACACAGAGUUUUCCAGUAGCAGGGUCCUCGGGGUCCUGUUCCUCUCGUCGUUUGUGCUGCUGCUGAUCUGCAUACUGAUCAACUUGUUCAAGGCCGUGAUUCUGGACGCCUACGAGGACAGGAGGCAGCCCGCGUACGAGGAGCCGUCGGUCGAAGCGGAGGCCAUAGCCUACCUGUGCGGCAAGCUCAGGGCUCUGCUCUGCUUCCCAUCCUUGCAGCCCGAGGCCCGGGACGGGCCCGAGUUCUUCGUGGACAUGCUCUACGGGAAGCCAGAGAAGUACAGCCACCGCUACCUGGGGCUGAAGAGCAGGAACAUCAACGAGAGGAAGAUGGUGUAUCUGGUGGUGUGACUGAGGCUGUUUCAAGGGCGGCAGGCGAGGGUGCCCCCGCCAAUGCUCGGUUCAGUGGCUCCGUCACGCUGUCUGCCCGUGUCCCGCCCCUAUAUUUGUGAGUGUUCCCACUCCCCGUCUCUGCUCUCGGGAUCAUGAAAGGCAGGAGUAUAGUGCAGCGCCCCGGGGAGCAGAGGGGACGGCCUGUGCAUCCUGGGAUGAGCUCCCUUUAGGGGGUGUUAGGUGUCUUUGGAGCCCCCAGCAGUUUAGAGGGUUAGAGACCCAGGUUUGGGGGAGGGAGCUAAAGACUCCCCCCCACACCUCAUUGGGAGUUCUUCUUACAGACCAGAGCUUCCCUGACUCUCAUCCCCUGUACCCCCCACAUUCCAGUUGGGCCAGGGCCAGGGCCGGAGGGGCCUGUGGUAAGUUCUGGGACUUGGCUGCGCUUGGAAAUCAGGGGUGAGAACGGUGGUCAGAGUCUGAAGCUUCCCAGGUACUCCCUGCAGCGCCUUCAAGUUAAAGACGUAAAAUGUAACAGUAUUUUCUGGCCAUAAGACAAAAUUUUUACAUCCAGGGUUGGGGCUUUUGGUUGUUUAUGGUCUAGUUAUCAAAUAAUAAAAUGUGGUUUGUUGUUUCAGGGAAGUAUGGGCUGGCAGCUGUUGUAUUUUCUCUCUGAAGCACGUUCCUUUCCGUAGGUUCUUUAUCAGAAUUAAAGGU